AACAUAUAAAAAUACAUACAAAUAUAAAUAGUUAAAUAAUACUACAUAUUGAAUAAUCCAUACUAUACUGUAGGGGAUUUGUAUUUGACGCGUAGGAUCUGGCAACCCUGUAACUGCCCCAUGUGUUGUUAGCGCAUCGCUAGCCUAAAUGCUAUUACUGAUGCGUGUGUCAAAAGUCUGAGCUGGUCAUCUGACAGAAUAAAAAACACAUACAUUAAUUAACGUCUGUAUCGUUUGCCAUUGAUAAAAAUGUCAGCGAUCUCAAUGCCAGAAACUAUUAGAGUUUUGCUGCUGGAUAUUGAAGGAACCACGACGCCCAUUACGUUUGUCAAGGACAUUUUAUUUCCAUACAUAAGAGAGAAUCUCGAGGAAUAUCUGUCUGCACAUUGGGAAGAAGAUGAAUGCAAACAAGAUGUUCAUCUGCUCAAAAAACAGGCUGAAGAAGACUUGCGGCUAAAUAAAGCUGGUCCAAUUCAUACAGUUGACCAGACGGUACACACAGAUGAGGAGAAGGCAAUCCGUGAGGUUGUGGAUAACGUCCUCUGGCAGAUGGCUGCAGACAGGAAAACCACUGCUCUCAAACAACUGCAAGGCCACAUGUGGAGAGCAGCAUAUAUCACUGGGAAAAUCAAAGGCGAGGUGUACCCAGACGUGGUACCAGCCAUCAGGCGAUGGCGACAUCAUGGUCUGAAGAUCUUCAUAUACUCCUCAGGAAGUGUGGAGGCACAGAAGCUACUCUUUGGCUAUUCUGAUGAAGGAGAUCUAUUAGAUCUGUUUGAUGGGCAUUUUGACACCAACAUUGGUACCAAAGUUGAAAGUAAAAGCUAUGAGAAUAUUGCAGAGAAGAUUGGCUGCCAACCAGACGAAAUUCUGUUCUUAACUGAUGUCACACGAGAGGCAAAGGCUGCGGAGGAUGCCGGGGUGAAUGUGGCAGUAGUAGUACGGCCUGGCAACAUGGAGUUAACUGAAGAGGAAAGAAAAAAUUAUAGAAUCAUUACAUCUUUCAGCCAGUUGGAACUGAAUGGAAAUGUUUGACAGCAAAGUUACUUUGGAUUUUUGGUGAAUGCUCAAUUAACAUGGAAAAUGUGCUAUUCUGCGGACUGAACUCGGUGCUUGUUGUUUUUACACAGAAACUCAUCUUUGAAUUAAAUACAUCUACUUUUUCAUCAAGCGUUUUAUAUGCAGCAUUAAUAUGUAGCAUAUGACAAUUAAGUCAGGAUAGUUUGUCUUUACCCACCUUAAAUUUUUUUAGUACAUUGUUAGUAUUGUAAAUGUACCUUUCCUAGACAAAUGUAUUGUCAUUUAUUAAAUGGUGUAAAAUUUUAUUCCAAAUUGACAUGUUUAGCUAAUAACAUUUAGACAUCGGCACAGGAACAGUGAAAUAAUUUUUAUUUGGUCAUGUUUGUGUAUUUCUCUACUAAAACAAACAACCAAUGUCAGAGAUUUAUUGCACAUCAUGCAGUUUGUAAAAAAUGUUGCAUAUAGCUAGUUUCAAAUUUUGCAAGAGAGUAUACAUGAAUAUAAACUCCUCAUUUGUUCAUAUUUAAGAA